CACAUACGUUCACACACCACCCCUCGUUAAUUAGAUUUUAGUCAAUUGGUUUACACCACUGCCACUACAAUGACUAUUCAGGUACCAGCAUGUCGGAGCAAACAUUACCCUGCUAUGUGUACAACCUACCCCAGACUUCCACACUGACCACUGACCACUCACCACCCAUAUAUGAGUACCAACAACAGUUUAGUCAACACUUUCAUAGUUCUGAUCUAAAACAAACUCACAGACUAGAAUCUCUGAUGGGUCUUGACCGAAGUCACAUUGAAGAUGAGGCAUUACGGCAUGCUUCAUGGUACCAGGCCGGUAUUCCAAGAGAAAUUGCUCUGGAGAUCUUACAACAAGAAGAAGUUGGCUCUUUCAUUGUACGAGACAGCACCACCCACCCAGGAUGUUAUGCCUUAUCGGUUAAGGUGCCGAAAUAUGAAAAUCUGUCGGGCAUUUCCCAUUAUCUUAUCCUUAAAACACAUCGCGGGGUUAAGUUAAAGGGACUUGAUAAGGAAUGGCCAAACCUGGCAUCGCUGGUUACUCACCAUACAGUCAUGCGGGAGAUGUUGCCCUGCACACUGAAGCUGCCUAGAAACUCUCAGAAUCCUACUUUCAAAGAUACCGACAAAGACGACAAAGACGAAGAUCCAGAUUAUCAGCGGUUAUCAGACUUUUCAACCAUGAUGGCUGACCUCAAAAUGUAGCUCUCCAUGGAUAUAUAAUGUUAUAUUUCAAACACACAAGCACACACACACAACCCCCCCUCCUCAUUUUCAUUAUAAUUAUUAUUGGUUAUUAUAAAAAGAAACAAAAAAAAACGCUGGUGGAUUGGCAGAAUCGAAAGAGCACUGAACGGACAAAAUGCCUUGUGGUAUUUAGUUACGGUUCUCUUUACGAUCUAUUUAAAAUUUUUUUUUUUUUUGUUUUCUUUUGUCUCUGUUCUAAGUUCAAAUUCCGCUGAGAUCAACUUUGCCUUUUAUUCUUCAGAGGAGCAUGGGGACAAGGGUUCAAUAAAACAUGAACUACCAACCAAAUACAUGAGGGACAGCAAGGUUGGGGGUUUACGUUGAUUGGUGCAUUUCGACUUUACAUUACCUGCCCUCACAAAAUCUGUGGCCUUGUGCCUAUGUAAAAAAAAAAAAAAAAUCACCAUUAAUAUUA